AUGGCUAGAGGUAUUUCUUCUGAUGAAGUUGCUAUUAGAUUACAAAAUUUACAUCCAUCUAAGCCAUUAACAAUUGAUUUUAGUACUCUCUUCUCUGAGGGUAUUGAAGUUUCUGAUCUUAGAGAACGUUCUCUCAAUCUCAUUUAUGAAGUCAGUGAGGAAAAGAGAAAGUUGAGAUUCAAGAAGGAUGCAGUAAUGAGAUUUGAUUUUACUAAAGAAGUUAAACUCAAAGGCGAAGGAGGCCAAAACACCGAUCAAGAAGGGGUCUUCCUUUCUGAUGAAGCUAUUGCUGAAAUGGAAAAGAAUGCUGGUGGUAGAAAAUUAUUGGCCAUUGGUGGUAUUUCACCAUACACCAUUACCCUUCCUGCAACAUCUAUCAAAUCUUACUUUGCUGCAAUGACUUUUAGUGGAAAAGGUUUUGUUCCAAUCUCUAAAAAGGACACUGUUGAUGAAGAUACCAACAAUAAGGAAAUUAAUGAUUUGGGAUUGGAAGAUGACGAAACUGUUGAGGAAACUGCUGAAGAAGAAAUUAGAACUGCCGAAGAAGAAGAUAAAAAGAUUAAUAUUAUUGAGGAAAAGAAGGAAGAAAAACCAAUCGAAACCAGGAAGAUUCCUGCUGCUCAAGUUCCUAAACCACCAAGAGAAAAGGUUCCAUUCUGGGUGUUUGUUAUUGUUGCCCUCUUGCUUGCUGUUUGUGGAUUCUGCUGUCUUUCUCUCACUUUGAUGGUGAGAAGAAGAGGUAGAAAGGACAGACCUAGUGUCUUGCCAAUGUUCCACCAAGAUAAUGCCGGUAUUAAAACUAAGUAA